AUGACGACGUUAUAUAAAAUCAUAUGUAAAAAAAUUUCCUUUAGAAAAAAGCCAUCGCUUAGUUUAGACAGUACAAUUGAAACCGUAUUGAUAAAAAGCGAAAACGAUUUCAUUAGUGUGGAACAAGAUAAGGAACCACAAAAUGCUACGUCAGUGAACGUACGCAAACGCAACUCGCAUCAACUAAAUCAGGCACCGGUCGUCGUAGGCCAACAUUACCAACAACAAAAGCGUGAUGACAACAUUAGACAACUGUUGGACGUUACCAAUACCCUAACACUCGAGGAGUUGAGAGAUUUUGAAAUGAGAUAUGGCUCACCACACCACAGCCGUUCACAGUCUGUGAAAACGCCGGGAAGUCGGGCGUCGGGUAGGCCAAAUCAAUUGUGCCUGCCGCAACAACGUUCAAGAGUGGCGUCAAUGCCCAACACUGGCGUCGAAGAGGAAUACUACAGACUAAGGCAUUUCUCAAUAACAGGCAAAGGUGUAAUAAAUCGUGGCGAUUCACUAAAGAGCCGUCGCAGUCGAUCAAACAACAGUGUAGCCAGCUCGAAUUCCAGCAAUGAACAUCUAACCGCACCCCCUCCAGUAACGCAAUCAACUCGUAAUUCCGCCACACAUAGUUUGGCCUCAAGCCGGGAAAGUAGCACUUCGAAUCCUGGCAAUGGGCCUUACAGAGUACUCAUGAUGGGUGGCCCAGCUGUGGGUAAAAGUUCCCUUGUUUCGCAAUUUAUGACAUCAGAAUAUCUACAUGCCUACGAUACCAGCAUCGGUAAGUGCAAUUGUAACAUUCUGAUACACAUUGAAAAGCCAGUUGACGAUGAUGAUUCUGGUGAGAAGUCGGUAUCAGUAUUAUUAAGCGGAGAAGAAUCGGAAUUGAUAUUCAUCGAUCAUCCCUACGCUGAAAUGACGCCCGAUGAUUGUUUGUCCUGCUACGAUCCACAUGGAUAUUGUGUUAUAUAUUCAGCAUCGGAUCGUGAUAGCUUUAAUGUUGCUGAGCAUAUUUUGCAAAUCUUAUGGACAAAUCAAAAUAUUGCCCAAAAAGCCGUGAUUCUGGUAGCUAAUAAAGCCGAUCUGGCACGCAGCCGUUCAGUCAGCGCCGACGAAGGAAAAGCAAUGGCAACUGCCUACGAUUGCAAAUUUAUAGAGACAUCGGUGGGAAUCAAUCACAAUGUUGAUGAAUUACUGGUGGGCUUAUUAUCGCAAAUUCGUUUAAAAUUGGAAAAUCCCGAGAAGUCUAGAGAUAUGUUUCGCAAGCGUUCCAUUAGAAAAUCCAAGCGGCGAGCCUGUUCACCGCUGAGUGGUGCAUGUUUAAGCAGUAAUGCUAAUGCAAAUACCCCACUGGGGCCAACUACCAAUGUACUAUCGGAUAUAAGUACACCGCCUGGAAGUGCUCAUAGCAGCCCAAGAAAGUAUCGAGGUUCUCGUACGUCAACCAGUCUCAAAGUCAAAGGACUUUUGGGUCGAGUUUGGGCAAGGGAUUCCAAAUCGAAAAGCUGUGAAAAUUUACACGUUUUGUAAACGCAGACAUCCA